CUUCAACACAAGACAACACCACCAACAGCAGCUUCAACCUCUUCCUCCCCAAAUAUAAUUUCCUUCCUUCCUUUCUUCCUUCCGCCCACUUUACCGCCUCCCAUGUUCUCUACUACUUGUCUCCACGCGCUUUCCCCCCUUUUUUCAUCCCCAUUGCCGCCCCGGCGGCAUGCAGUUCUCUCUUUGACACCAUGACCAAAUUCAGUUUUUCCUCCCUCUCCCCACCAGUUUUCUCCUAGUUGACUAUUGAGACCUCCUCUCCUUUGUUGCUUUUGCUUCCCAUCAAUGGACGAUCCCGGAGGAUGGAAAACAAGUUCCCAUCUCUUCUUCAGCAGAAUGGUCUUCAUGUUAAUGGUGGUGGCAUCAUUGUCACUGUUUCAUCAAAACCUCACGCCCUCCUUUGCUCUCAACCCUCAAGGGAUGGCGUUGUUGAGAUUCCGGGAGAAAGUGGAGAGCGACCCAUUUGGAGCUUUGUCCAGCUGGAAUCGUCACGAUCCUGAUUCCUUUUGUUCUUGGUUUGGAAUUCACUGCUCUGCUUCCGGCCAAGUUGUCAGCUUGCAUUUGCAAGAUCUGUGUUUGAGAGGGACAUUGGCUCCUGAGCUGCAGAUGUUGACUCACUUGAAAUCAUUAAUAUUGAGGAACAAUUCAUUUAUUGGGAACAUUCCUAGAGAGAUUGCAGAGUUGAAUGCGCUGGAGGUGUUGGACUUGGGAUAUAACAACUUCAGUGGACCAUUUCCAUCUGAAUACUUUGCCAACAAUCUCUCAUUGACAACCCUUUUACUUGACAACAACAAAUUACUCGAUGGCAUUUCUCCCGAAUUCGAUAAGCUUCGGAUGGUUUCCAACAUUCAGGCAGACGAGAUCCAAUGCAGAACUGCAGCUCAUGAUAGGAAGUCAGUUCAAGAUGGUGCUCACAGGAUGCUACUACAGUUCCGAAACACGCCAUUAACGUCUGCACCCUCACAGCCUCCGUCAUCACCUUCACCAGCACCUUCUGGGUCGCCCUUCUCAGCACCCUCUUUCCCUCCAUCACCAUCACCAUCCCCUUCACCAUCUCCAUCCUUCAGCCCGGCAGGAAGCCCUUCUGGUGGUCUCCCUUUGCCUCCAACUUCAGCCUCAAUUGCACCAUCUUCAUCCGAUCCACCAGCUACAGUUUUUGCACGUCCAACUGAGGGCCCUGGUUCUACUGCUACAGAACGUAGUAGGAACAAUGGCCGCCGUUCGAGAGAAAGGCAUCAUCACGCACCUAUAGUUGCCGGUAUUGUUGGCGGGUCUCUGUUCCUUUUGUUUUCAGCAAUUGGACUCACCUUCUUUAGAAGCAAUAAGGUAGUUACAGUCAGACCUUGGGCCACUGGUUUAAGCGGACAACUACAAAGGGCAUUUGUAACAGGUGUACCAAAACUGAAGAGGCUGGAACUUCAAGCAGCCUGUGAGGACUUCAGCAACAUAAUCGGCACGUUUGCUGAUGGCACAGUGUACAAGGGAACCUUGUCGACCGGGGUUGAAAUAGCUGUGACAUCUGUUGGAGUCUCGUCUAAGAAAGACUGGUCGAAGAAUUUGGAGGCACAGUUCAGGAAAAAGAUUGAGACAUUAUCCAAAGUGAACCACAAGAAUUUCGUCAAUCUGAUUGGAUUCUGUGAAGAGGAUGAGCCUUUCACGAGAAUGAUGGUCUUCGAGUAUGCCCCCAAUGGAACCCUCUUCGAACAUUUGCACAUAAAAGAAGCAGAACACUUAGACUGGGGUACAAGACUCCGUAUAGCAAUGGGCAUGGCCUACUGUCUCGAGCACAUGCACCAGCUGACUCCACCAAUUUACCAUGAAAGCCUCCGAUCAUCGUCCAUCUACCUCACCGAAGACUACGCAGGCAAGAUAUCCGAUUUCAGCUUCUGGAAUGACGUGACUGCAGCCAAGAUGAUGGGAACGACAGAGGCAAUCGAGCUGCUGGAAUCCCCACCAGCAGACGCAGAGAGCAAUGUGUACAGCUUUGGAAUGGUCCUGCUCGAGAUGAUAACCGGUCGAAUCCCAUAUGCAUCAGCCGAUGGCUCUCUCAUCGACUGGGCAUCCAACCACUUGAGAGCAGACCAACCUGUAGGCAAAAUGGUCGACCCAACUUUAAAAGCAUUCCAGCAUGACGAACUCGUGAAACUGGUUGAAGUGAUCAGGAACUGCAUUGAACCUGACGUGAAAUUGAGACCGACGAUGAGAGAGGUAGCAGAGAGGUUGAAGGAGAUAACUUGCUUGGAUGUUGACCGAGCCACACCAAGGUUGUCACCUCUGUGGUGGGCAGAGCUCGAGAUCAUGUCUACUGAUGGAAGCUGAGAGUGCUGAGAGAGGUAUGUAUGUUAUAACAUGAAACAUGAUGAGUUAUGUAUUGUUGCUUGUCUGGUUGUCAGUCUGAUUAUUUCAUUUCUUUGUUCCUUGUUUUUUUCUCCCGACAAAUUCUGGAGUGUAUGCUAAGAGAUGAUGAUUUAGUAGUAAAGGGGUGACUGACAGUGGGUUCGAAAUGUAAAGAAAGCACAGAGAGUGAGUGAGCAUGAUCUAUGUAUAUAUAGCCGGGGGAAAACGAGAUCUCGGACUUGAUGUGGGGCCUUUGGUUUGGUUCUUUUCUAAGAGUUGCUUGUAUAGAAAGGAAUUGUGCUUGCAAGUUGUGCAACAUCAAAUAACAAUCUCAGUUUCAUAUAUAAAAAGAUGUUCCAACUAUCUUCAUCUUUCU